GUGUGAUUAUUUCGAGGUUCAUCGACGUGUCUAUGGUCUAUUUCUAUUGCUGAGUGGUAUAUUCCAUUGUGUGUCUCUACCACAAUUUUUUAAUUCAUUUGGCUGUUAGAUAAAUUCACCAGGUGACACUAUUAAUGCACUUACAUCCCACAGCAAUUUCAGGUGGAGGAGAGGGAGGAACUGGGCAGCCCAGAAGGGUCUCACAGGGUGUGUGUCCCACAGAAGUCGAGCAGGUUCCCAGUCCACCAGGUUGCAUUGGAGGCUGAGAGGGUUAAGAGAGUGUUUGUUCACCUUUGUCCUAUGGAUAGUACUGGUUAGGGGAGGUCACCUUGUCUUUUCAGACUUCUCUCUGCCAGGACGGGGACGGAGUCCAUUUUCUAGACCUGUUGGAUUAUUGGUGCCUCGUGAAGUCAGUAAAUCUCUGUGGCUGUGGGAAGACUUUGCCAGAGUGGCCCCAGUGCGACUCUGUGGCCUUGAGGGGCCUCACUGUUGGCUGCAGUGUUUGCAGAUUUGCUUUUAAAAACUUGAUGUGGUUAAGAGCCCAGCCCAGGUGGCAGUGAUCCGCGGCGUCCACUAUCAGAGCUGCUGGGCCUGGGGCCUGCCCUCCGCUCCCUGCCCAGUGUUCCUGUGGCCCUCCGCCCCGCCAGGGAAAGUGAAUCUUCCUGCCACGUGAUUCUUCCUGAGAUUUGUUUGAGUUGAUUUUUGGGGCUUGAAACUGUAUUUUUCCUCUUAAGUCAUAUACAUUUUUAAAAAGAAAAACUUACAGUGUGUGUUCCGCACACGCCUCAACCCAGUGCCUAAGAUAAACUUUUUCCUAAAGGAGCUGUUGGCAGUGCAGGCAGCUGCGCCUUGCCAGUUCAGGUGUUGUCCUUGCAGUGACUCUUUCUGAAGUAGCGUGGCCCCUAGUCCUCUCCUGAAGGCAGGCACCAGCCGACCCCAUGUCCAGGUGUGGGUGUUUUAAUGUGUCAGUGUGGGGACUUUACUGUGCGGUCUGUAACUGUCCCUUGUUGUUAGAUGCUCUGCUGCAUCACAGUGUUUCCUAUGCACCCUCCGGGCUGGAACACAGUGGCCUCCGGCUGGUGAGGGUGACAGGCUGGAGAUUUGCCCCACGAGCUUUGUCUUUUGAUCCACACAGUUUUUAUCACUAGUAUUAAUACUUCCAUUUCUGUGUUCUGCUCUUAUGUGUGUGAGAGAGAAAAAAAUAAGAGCAAAAUAAACUGUAAUAUUUGCGCAGACACGCUCUGUGGAUAAAGGCUGCCAUUUUUGGCUGGCAGCACCAACGUGCGCCAACGCGGAAUGUCCUUCAUCCGAGGAUGACAGAAGUCCUAUUUCAGUGUAUAAAAGGUGCUUUUGGGGUGUUCAUGUGGCGUAUUCAGCAGCUGCAACGGUCAGGGCUGUAUGAACAGACUGGGGAGGCCACCUGGGCUCUGCUCCAGCCACUCUCAACUGUCCUGUGGCCUCAGGCCUCAGAGGGUACCAGUCCCUGCUUAGUCACCCAGAAACAAAAACUCCCAGGGCCCGAUUCUUCAGUGGAAAAAGCAGCACGUCGUUUUCGUGUUUGCCUCGGACUGUUUUGUCUUUACCAACUGCCCUUGGUCAGGAAACACGUGGUUUCCACGAGGUGAAGGCUGUGCGCACAGGAGCCUCACCAUGUCCCUGCCUCUCCCCUCCGGUGCUUGCGCUGCCCUGGGAGCAGGAGGCGCAGGGGCGGUUGUGGUCCAGGCUGGCUGGGGGAUGUGUUGCCGUAAUCAUCCGCAGGUUCCCUAUCCCAGGAAUUUGGUUUAUCUGCCUCUCAAGGAGUUCUUUAUUCUUCAUCUGGUUUUCUAAGAGGUUAUCUCUUACUGUACCUCAGAUAGAAGAGUCUAGAACUCUGUAGUGUGACACGUAAGCAGAAACAAAUUGACCUGGCUGUCACGUACGGUAAGUGCGUACAGUUCCGUGGUGUCUGUGCAGAUGGCAGCGUGUGGCUGUAUGCUGUGAGUACUUGUUCUUAGAGACCCUGCUGCCGUGCUGAGCAGGUGCCUGGAAGGGCUCCGAGAUUCUGCAGGGUGGCUCUCAGCAUCCUUGGAGAGUCAGGCGGCGGCGCUGCGGGAUGGGAAUUAGAAAAGAGGAUGGCUGGUCACAGAAUAAAUGUCCCUGUUGAAUGCUGACGGGGGUGGGUCCCCACCCAGGUUUGGAGUGUGAGAGAGACGAAAGACUGCUGGUGGCCUGACAGGUGGCAUCUUGCUUGGGGUGUUAUCUUUUAUCUCUGGGUGGCCACGCUCAAAAUGCGGCCAGAUGGGGUCUCCUGUUGGGGGGCCUGUCUGCCAAGCUAAUGGGAUUCCCCCAAGGUGUCUGGUUGUGAUGCCUUUUUGAAGAAAAGAUCUUUCCUGAGGUUAAUAAAACAGCCAACGCUUAUGUUCCCUGCUGGCCUGCUAAAGUCGCGUUGCCCAGACUUGAGCCAUCGGCGCAUUUCUGUGUCUUUAUAUCGCCUGCAUUGCUAUUUACUUAGUAUUUUUCUUUAACUUGAUUUGUUUUUAAAUGUGGCUCUGUCCAAGGAAAUUUUGGCCCAGAGACACAGGAGUUGAUUGGCUGGUUAUAUUUUUUUGCUAAUAAGAUGGUGGUAAUCAAGGUAAAUGUAUUACAGUGAAUUAAACAAAGUGCUUUGGGAGGCAUGGCCCGUCUCGGCUGCCCCCACACUUUCACCUCACAGGCAGGGCCCGGCUGCCUCCCAAUGUUUGUCCUUUGUACACAGCCCCACCCGUCCUGCCUGUGGCUUUGGGGUGCUUAGGUGCCAGCCAGGCUUCUCAUUGCUCUGUGCUCCUGUCCCUGUGCGGUUCGAGAGGCCGGCUUUCCCGGCUUCACAGGGGUGAAGGCCACCCAGGCCGGUCGCUGUCCUAGGAAGGAGGUACAUGUCCCAGAGCAGACACAUCGAAGCUCGAGAGCUCAUGUACUCAGGGGCGUUGCUGUUCUUCAGUCACAGCCAGCAAAACAGUGCUGCGGACUUGUCCAUGCUGGUCCUAGAGUCCCUGGAGAAGGCAGAGGUGGAAGUGACCAACGAGCUGCUGGAAAACCUGGCUAAAGUGUUCAGUCUGAUGGACCCCAAUUCCCCGGAGCGAGUGGCCUUUGUAUCCAGAGCCUUGAAGUGGUCCAGUGGGGGGUCCGGGAAGCUGGGCCACCCCCGGCUCCACCAGCUGCUGGCCCUCACCCUAUGGAAAGAGCAGAACUAUUGCGAAUCUCGGUACCACUUCCUGCACUCCGCUGACGGGGAGGGCUGUGCCCACAUGCUCGUGGAAUACUCCACCUCCAGGGGCUUCCGCAGUGAAGUGGACAUGUUCGUGGCCCAGGCCGUCCUACAGUUUCUGUGUUUAAAAAACAAAAGCAGCGCAUCAGUGGUCUUCACAACAUAUACACAGAAGCACCCGUCCAUCGAGGAUGGGCCUCCGUUCGUGGAGCCCCUGCUCAAUUUCAUCUGGUUUCUGCUGUUGGCCGUGGAUGGACGUAGGUCUGACGGCUUUCUUGUGCCCAGCGGCAAGCUGACGGUGUUCACGGUGCUGUGUGAGCAGUAUCAGCCGUCCCUCCGGAGGGACCCAAUGUACAACGAGUACCUGGACCGGAUCGGACAGCUGUUCUUCGGGGUGCCGCCCAAGCAGACAUCCUCCUACGGGGGCCUGCUAGGGAACCUCCUCAGCAGCCUCAUGGGCUCCUCAGAGCAAGAGGAGGGCGAGGACAGCCCUGACGACAGCAGUCCCAUCGAGCUGGACUGAAGCUGCCCCGGCUACACGGAGACCCCACAGUCGACAGCUCAAGGGAUGAUAUUAGACGGAGUCCCGGAGUGCGGCUCCUCACACCCACGGGCUCGGCUCUGAGGCUGGCGGUAGCUGCGUGUGCGGUGUCUGUCUCUAUUUAUGUGCGGUGGCUGAGGGUGGCGUGGCCUGUGGCUGUGGCCUGCCUGUCACUGUGUGGCUGGGGCCCGAGAACGAGGCCCUGGGCUUCUCCUGGCUGCCUGUUCCCCGGAGAUUAAUCCACAAUAAAGCACAGGCCUUGCUGCCGCCUCACCCUCUC